AUGAUUUCCGCCGUUUCUACCGACCGCCCUAAUCCGGUGCGCCGCUUGCCCGGCAUGCGUGAUUUCGACGCUGGCGCGUGCCGGCGUAAGCAUGAAGUCGAGCGUCAACUUGCCGAGUUCAUCGGUCGCUUCGGCUACUCCAUGCUGGAAGUCCCGGUUCUGGAGACCACCGAACUGUUCCUGCGCAAGUCCGGCGGCGAUCUCGCGUCCCAGAUGUACUCUUUCAUCGACCCCGGGUCCAAUGCCGUCAGCCUGCGCCCGGAGUUCACCUCCGCAAUCAUGCGGCACUACCUGGAGAUGACGAGGGACUCCGGCGAAUCCUCUUUGGUUCGCUGGCAAUACUGUGGCCCAGUCUUCCGCUACGACACUGGCAGCGCCGCCGACACGGGCGAGUUCACCCAGGUGGGCGCAGAGUUGGUCGGCUCCAACAGCAUUCUCGCUGACGCGGAGCUCCUGACCAUGGCCGCCGGCGUCCCCGACCGGUUGGGCAUUCCCGAUUAUCGGAUCCGUCUGGCCGAUUUGGACGUGCUGGAUAGCGCGCUGGACACCGUCGGGCUUUCCGACCGCGCUCGCGAAUUCAUCGUGGCCAACAUGAACCGCAUCGGCGAGGAUAGCGACAGCCUUGCGGCGACCUUGCAGCGCGCUGCCGAGCUGCACGUGAUCGCCGGCAUUGGUUUGCCCGACGAGGAACAGCACCUGGCCGUCGCGGUUAGCGGCCUUCCCGACGGCGCGGCGCGUUCCGUGUUGUCCGGUUUCAUGCGCUGGAAUACCUCGGCGGACAUGCCCUUGGGACGCCGUUCGCCCGACGAGAUCGUCGACCGCUUGUUGCGCAAGCUGCGCGGUGGCGACGCCUCGGGUGCUGUCGAACGCGGCCUCGCGCUGGCCGGCCAACUCGCCUCCGUCAAGGGUGACCCGGUACAUGCGUUGCCCCGGGCCCGGUCAAUCGUCGCGGCGGCGGGCGCCGAUACCCGGGCGAUAGACCGGCUCAUUGAUUUAACCGCCCUCAUUGGCGAGGACCCGGCGGUUUCCCGGCGCCUGGAAAUCGAUUUCUCCCUGGCCCGUGGCAUCGCCUACUACAACGGCAUUAUCUUCGACAUCGUUCGCGGCGACGCCGGCACCUCGUUGGGAGGCGGCGGACGGUACGAUGCCCUGGCUCGCGCUCUCGGUGGUACGGCCCCGGUUCCCGCCCUGGGUUUUGCCUUCACGUUGGAAACACUGCUGUCCGCCAUGCCCCCGGCGGACCAACCGUAUUUUGACCCAGACGUCGCAGUGGUAUCUCCCGACGACGCGGGGUCCGUCGCCAAGGCUUUGCGCGCUGUCGCUGAUAUCCGCCGCCAGGGAGGCGUUGCCGUCCUGGAGAUCCGCGGAGACAAGCAUCAUACCGGUUUGAGCGGAACGGUUACCGAGUAG